AUGAAGAAAAAUAUAAAGGGACUUAAAAAAUCAUUGGGAAAAUGGGAAGGAGCUAUGCAUAAAUUAAUGCUUAUUAAGAGUACCAGAUUAUAUAUACAGGACAAUGGUGGGUGUUUAGAAACAAGGAUUGAAUUGAAUAAAUAUAAUAAUUUAUUUCUACACGUAUUAUCGUUUAAAUUGUUUAAUUUACCCCCAAAUCCCAACUAUAAUAAGACUUUAAAAAAAUGUAUUAAUUUAAUAGUAAUAUCACAUACUUUUUUAUUACAAAUCGCUGUUUCACAGAGAACGGAAGCAGAAUCUGAUGGUGCAGAGAUUAAUGGUAAAUCAGGUGCAACAGUUACUGUAGGAGGUAGUGCAACAAACAGUGCAGCAAAUGCGGGACAUGGGGGAAAAGCUGUUGUAAAGGAAGGAGAACAUUUUGGAUAUUUUGAAAAGGUAGUCAAGGUAGUUUCUGAUGCUUAUAGUACUGCUAAUAAAGCAUUGGCACCUGUAUGUUGUUUCCUAUUGAGAACAGAAAGAGAUAACGAAUGUAAAAAAUCAUCAAUUAUAGUAAUACUUAUUUUUAUUAUGGUCGCGGUGGCAAUAGUUCAUUAUGUUUAUAAUCAGGUAAGUAAUUAA